GCGAGGCCGCCGUGGCCAUGAGCGAAGGCGGAGGCGCUGAGGAGGCCCGCGGGCGCGCGGGCGCCGAGGACGAGUACGUGCAAGUCAGGAAGAGGGACCUGGAGCGGCUGACCACCGAGGUGAUGCAGAUGCGCGACGUCCUGCCCCGGCUGCUGAGCGGCGAGGUGCUGGACGGCCUGCAGAAGCUCAAGGUCGUAGAAAAGAACUUGGAAAGGAAAGACCAAGAGUUGGAACAGCUGAGAAUGGACUGUGAGCACUUCCGAGCCCGCCUGGAGACGGUGCAAACUGACAGCGUGAGAGAGAAGAAGGAGAAGCUGGCCCUGCGGCAGCAGCUGAGUGAGGUGAAGCGCCAGCUCCUGCAGCAGGCCGAGUACUGCACGGAGAUGGGCGCAGCCGCCUGCACGCUGCUCUGGGGCGUGUCCAGCAGUGAGGAGGCUGUCAGAGCCAUUCUGGGAGGGGAUAAAGCUUUGAAGUUUUUCAGCAUCACUGGGCAAACAAUGGAGAGUUUCGUGAAGUCGCUGGAUGGGGACGCCAAGGAGCUCGAUUCUGACGAGAAUCAGUUUGUUUUUGCUCUGGCGGGAAUCGUAACAAAUGUUGCCGCCGUGGCCUGUGGCCGCGAGUUCCUGGUCAACUCCAGUCAGGUGCUGUUGGACACCAUGCUACAGCUUCUGGGGGACCUGAAGCCGGGCCAGUGCACCAGGCUCAAAGUGCUGAUGCUGAUGGCACUGUUCAACGUGAGCAUCAACUUCAAAGGCUUGGAGUACAUCAGCGAUAACCCCAACUUCCUCCCGCUGCUGUGGUGGCUCCUGAGCGGCCUUUAAAAGCCUUGGAGUGAGUCUCGUCUCCUUCCCCUCUCAUACCCACAUCCAGUCUGAUGGGAAAUCUCGAAGGCUUUAUUUUAAAUUACAUCCAGAAUCUGACCACCAUUGACCGUUACCACCUGGUUUUGAGCCAUCCGUCAACUUCUCUUUGAAGAACUUCAUAGCCUCCUGCAUAUUUCCCCACAGUCCACCCUGCAGCCAUGAAUUGGGAGCCAAAGGACCUAUUUGCGAAAAACUG